UCACACUGGCGGGAAACCUCCAUUUUGGCAGGAAGAACUUUCAAAACGAAAGACCCCCCAAACCAACAUUGCCUUCCAUUUUCUUAAAAUCAAAACCAAAUCAAUCCGUAGAGCUCAUCAAAUUCGAACUCUAGAAAAAAAAUAUGAAAUUUGAUUGAAGAAAAGGAUAAGGGAAGCUAAGACCUUGAUCCCGUCCUUAAUGGCUCGAGACGAGUUACAGUUGAGCGCGGCGAAACGGGCGUACCGCAAUGCGGAGUCGGAGGGGAACAGGCGGGAGGAGGCCAGAUGGGCCAAUGUCAUCGGCGACAUUCUCAAGAACAAAGGGGAGUACAGGAAGGCUUUGAGGUGGCUGCGUAUUGAUUAUGAGGUAUCGAAUAAGUACUUGCCUGAAAAGCAGUUGCUACCUACUUGCCAGUCUCUCGGUGAGGUCUAUCUCCGCCUCGAGAUGUUCGAGGAAGCCUUGAUUUAUCAGAAGAAACAUUUAGAGCUUGCCAAGGACACCAAUGAUCUCAUUGAGCAACAGCGGGCCAGCACCCAACUUGGUCGUACAUACCAUGAAAUUUUUCUGAAGUCUGAUGUUGAUCAUUCAGCAGCUCGGAAUGCCAAAAAGUACUUCAAGUCUGCCAUGAAGCUUGCUCAUGUUCUCAAGGAAAAUCCACCUACUAAUAAAUCUUUUCUCAAAGAAUACAUUGAUGCACAUAAUAACAUAGGAAUGCUUGAAAUGGAUCUUGAUAACUUGGAAGCAGCUGAGGAAAUCCUCAAUAAAGGGCUAGAAAUUUGCAAUGAAGAAGAGGUGGUGGAAAAUGAUGAUGGACGUAGCAGGCUCCAUAACAACCUUGGGAGUGUUUACAUGGAGUUGAGGAAGUGGGAUAAAGCAAAGAAGCACAUUAAGAAGGAUAUUGCAAUAUGUAAUGCAAUUGGCCACCACCAAGGGGAGGCAAAGGGUUACAUUAAUCUUGGUGAGUUACAUUAUAGAGUUCAAAAGUAUGAAGAGGCAAUCCUUUGUUACAGGAAGGCUCUUGAUCUUGCAAAAUCCAUGGAAGAUGAAGAUGCCUUGGUAGACCAGAUUGAGCAAAAUAUUUAUACUGUUAAAGAAGCCAUGAAAGUAACGGAUGAAAUGAAAAAAGAAGAGCAGAAUCUUAAGAAGCUAUCAAGAAAGAUGGUCACUGCAAGAGGCACACCUGGUGAGCGGAAGUGUCUGUUGCAGCAGAAUGCAUCCCUUGAUCGUCUAAUUGAGAAAUCCAGUAUGAUAUUUGCAUGGCUGAAGCAUCGAGAAUUUGCAAAAAGCAAGAAGAGAGUAGCAAGUGAGCUUUGUGACAAAGAAAAGUUGAGCGAUGCAUUUUUGGUUAUUGGAGAAUCUUACCAGAAACUCAGAGACUAUAAGAAAGCCAUUAAAUGGUAUACAAAGAGUUGGGAGGGAUACAAGUCAAUUGGCAAUCGGGAGGGUCAAGCCUUAGCAAAAAUUAACAUUGGUGAUGUUUUGGACUGUACUGGUGAUUGGAAAGGAGCACUUGAUGCAUUCGAAGAAGGUUAUAGGAUUGGAACUGAAGCUAAACUUCCUUCUGUUCAGCUUUCAGCACUAGAGAAUAUGCAUUAUAGCCACAUGAUACGAUUUGAUAAUGUUAUUGAGGCCAGGAGGUUGCAGCUAGAAAUUGACAACUUGAAAGAGUCAAGACGUCGGGAACUUGAAGCACAAAAUAUGAAAGGAGAGUGCUGUUCUGAAACUGACACGGAAGGGAAUGAUCAUUCAUCAGAUAGCAGGACUCGUUUAUGCAACUCCAGAGAAAUGUGUUCAUCAAAUUCCAGUGGAUCAAAAUCUUUGGCUUCUGCAGAAGAGGCAAAUGACGAUGUACCUUUGAUUUCACUUCUUCGAUCCAGUAAAACAUCCCCAAAAUUGAAAGAAGACCUACCUGACCAAGAGAAAAUAGAUAAGCCAACUAAAGCUCUGGUUAGAACUUCAUCUGAACUAACGAGUAACCACCAAACAAUCAUUGGCCGCAAGCGUGUCCGUGUCAUCAUUUCAGAUGAUGAGGAUGAAGUGCAUAAUCAGUUAGAGUCCUCAAAAGGAAGCCUUCUUGAGUAUCCAGUUGAGGCUGUUGCUACUUCUAAUAAAAUAAAGCAUCAACAUGAUCUAGUGAGUCAUAAAGUUCAGGAUGUUUAUGCAAGUGGCUCUAAAUUUGAAGAGAGUUCCUGUUCCUACAAAUCAAUUAGUCCUAAAGCAGUUGCUUCAUACAGCAAAAGUUACAGGUCUUUUAGUACUGAAAAAGAUUUAAUGUCUGAUUUUGCCGCUAGUGGUUCUAAAUGUAAUGUUGACAACUCAGAAGAGAUACAGCAUAAACAUAGUGCGACUCAUGUUAAGUCACAUACUACAGAUAGUAAUAAAGACCAAUCGGUAACAUUUGAAAUUGAUAAUAUCCGGAUACACAUAGAAGCUGCCUUGUUUCAUGGUGGUGGUAAGUCAAGCAUGGAGUCUUUGAAGGUUGAACUGGCCUGCUUGUACUAUCUACAGCUUCCUCCAGAGAAGAGAUCAAAAGGUUUGUUGCCCAUCAUUCAGCAUAUGAAAUGUGAUGGAAGAGAGCAAGAGAACUUUGAAAUAUUUGAAGGGCGUAAAGAUCAUUUGGAAAAAACUGUCAUUGAAGUUUCUAUCAAUGGGUGGGUUCAAAAACGCUUGAUGAAGCUGUAUAUCGACUGUUGUGAGGAGUUAUGUGAGAAACCCAAUAUCAGAUUGCUUAAAAGACUAUAUAUUUCAGAGGUAGAGGAUGAAGUCAAUGUGUCUGACUGUGAACUGCAAGAUAUCUCAAUCACUCCACUGCUGGAUGCUCUGCAUAUCCACAAAACCAUUGCUGUAUUGGACUUUUCUCACAAUUUAUUAGGAAAUGGAACCAUGGAGAAACUUAAACAAUUUUUCACAUCAUCCAGCCAAAGUUAUGGUGCCUUGACUUUGGAUUUGCAUUGCAAUCGAUUUGGCCCCACUGCUUUGUUUCAGAUCUGUGAAUGCCCUGUGCUAUUUACCCGACUGGAAAUACUUAACAUCUCUGGGAAUCGUCUCACUGAUGCAUGUGGAUCAUACCUCUCAACUAUCUUAAAAAAUUGCAAAGUCCUUUUUAGUUUGAAUAUAGAGCGGUGUUGUAUCACAUCUAGAACAAUUCAAAAAAUUGCUGAUGCAUUGAGUGCUGGAUCUGCUCUAUCACAACUUUCUAUAGGAUAUAAUAAUCAUAUAUCUGGGAAUGCUGUGAUAAACUUAUUUGCCAAACUGUCUACUUUGAAAAGUUUUGCAGAACUGAACAUGAGCGGUUUAAUGCUGAACAAGCUUGUCGUCAACAGCCUUUGUCAACUUGCUAAAACUUCAUCUUUGUCACGGCUAAUGCUUGGGGGUACUGGUCUAGGAACAGAAGGAGCAUUGCAGUUAACUGAGUCAUUAUUCUGCGGAUUUCAAGAGCCUACAAAACUUGAUCUCUCAUAUUGUGGACUGACACCUCUAUACAUUCAUAAGCUAAACAGCAAUGUUACACUGAUGUCUGCCAUUCUUGAGCUAAAUGUAGGAGGAAAUCCUAUAAUGCAAGAGGGUACCAGUGCAUUGGCAUCACUGCUUACGAAUCCACAAUGCUGUCUGAAAGUUUUGGUCCUAAACAAGUGUCAGCUUGGGCUUGCUGGAGUUCUUCAAAUUAUUCAAGCAUUAGCAGAUAAUAACCAUCUAGAAGAACUCAAUCUUGCUGAUAAUGCUGAUAUGGGUAAAAAUUUCGCAUUAACGCAUGAUCCAAUGGCGAAAGGGAGCUCAGAAUUCAUACAACUGGAACUCGAUGUGGCUAAGCCAGCUAGCGAGGUUUGUGGUGAGGAAGUUGAAAAGCAUCAGGGCUUAUGUGCCAUGAACACUGAAUGCACUAAUCUUGAAGUAGCUGAUAGUGAAGAUGAUGAAAUGAAAGUGGAAGCUGCCAGAUCUGCAGUUGAUAAUAGUUGCUCGAGCUCAUGUCAACGAAAAUUAUCUCUAGAGUCCCAAUUUAUCCUGGAGCUUUCAACUGCUAUCAGCAUGGCAAAAGGGUUACUAUUCUUAGAUCUGAGCAACAAUGGUUUUUCAGCACAAGCAUCAGAAGCAUUAUACACUGCAUGGUCAUCAGGACCAAGGUCCAUUUUAGCUUGUAGACAUAUUAAGAACCAGAUAGUCCAUUUGUCGGUGGAGGGAAUUAACUGCUGUAGAGUCAAACCCUGCUGCAGUAAGGAUUGAGUCGUAUGUAGUCAAUUUUGCAGCUUUGGCACCAUCAAGAAAUGGUAGGAGCACCUUUAUGUUCUGGGCAAUCGCACUGUAAAUAUGGCAGAAGAAAAAGGUAAAAACCGACAAUUUCUUGAAGGAAUGGCCCAGUUCCAGACAGUCCAGGCUUCGUCCACUACUGAAACAAUAUGACUGCAAGCCCAAUAACAAAGCUGCAUUUUCAUUAUACCAACUACGUAUGUUCUAUUUAUUUUUAAAUCUGUCAGAGGGUCGGAAUUUGAUGAGUCUGAAAAAUCUAUUUUGUUUUGACUAAUUUGUUUACGAGGAUCUUAUAAUUUCUCAUGGAAUUAAAGGUAAUGUGUUAUGCCACCUUAAACAUUCAACUUUAAAGAAGUAAUAAUACUU